AUGUUCCCCUUCUCCAAAAAACACAAGACCCCCGUCAGCACUUACACCGACUCCUACCGCCCGCCGUGCUCCGUCAAAAAGACCAUCCAAAAGCAGACUUUACAGCAGCUCCGCAGCGAGAACAAGUUUGUGACACCAGGAUUAACGAUGCCCCUGGUGCAAAAUCCGGUGAGCCAAGGUCAGACUGAGCAGCUGGUUAAGGCGGCAAUGCAGGAAUACUACAGGAACACCUUUGACCCCGCUGCCUGCUGUCCUGAGAAGUACUACCUGACCAGGUCUGAAGAGAAGUACAAGCCAGUUUUUGUCAACGAGAACAGAUACAUCAGCUGGAGAACAGGUCCCUACAACAGCACAGUCUGGAAUAAGUACCACUCUUGCCUCCCCAUCCUACCCAAGGACACAAGGAUGGACACCUUCCUGCGCAGCGUACCUGUGUCGUACCCCCUGAAACUUGCCUGCCUCAAUCAAUGUGAGAGGGAGGUGGUUCCUGACAUGCUGCCCAGGCUGCCUGUGUACACUAUGAGAAGGAGCAGACCCUUCUGGAGCUACUACAGCCCCUGCUCUGGGCGCCACUACUGCCUGCGAGGGAUGGACUAUUAUGUUGAUGGGGCCUCUGCCAUCAGAGGGCAACUCAACACACUAGAAGAUAGGGCUGUAAGGAGUACCCCAUGCUGCAGUUACAGCCAGAGGGCAAUGUUCUGUGCGUCUACACACCGCCCCCAGUCCUCCUCCCUGUACAGGAGCCCUAGGUGGGACACAAGCCACUUCAAGAGGAUAGGAGGAGUCCAGAGAGGCAGCUACACCAUCCACCCUGAGCUUACCUCAGAGGCUUACCCUGCCCCAUGCUGCUGGUGA